AGAGGAGGGAGGAGGAGGAAGAAUCAGUCGGAACUCGAGCGCCGGCAGCGGUGGCGGAGGAGGAGGAGAAAGGAAGGAGGAAGGCGGAGCGGAGAGAGGCGGAGACGGAGCCCGACAGGGGCGGCACCACGGCUCCAGCUCCUCACCGUCCAGUGUGAGGGGAGCGGCGCGAGGAGGAGACGCCGCCGCAGCCGCAGCCACAGCCUAAUUCGUCCUUCGGGCCACGCCUGGGCCUUACCACCAGGAAGCUGCGGCCCCGCGGCUUCGCGUGGCGCGGUCUCAGGUUUCUUGACCUCCAGAAAGAAAAAAAAAAUUGACACUUUGCAUCCUGGAAGUGCAUUUAGAAGUCUGAAAUUAGAAACUUCUUUCAAAUUUGGACAUGGCUAAUCGAGGAGCAACAAGACCAAAUGGGCCAAACACUGGAAAUAAAAUAUGCCAGUUCAAACUAGUACUUCUGGGAGAGUCUGCUGUUGGCAAAUCAAGUCUAGUCCUUCGUUUCGUGAAAGGCCAGUUUCAUGAAUUUCAAGAGAGUACUAUUGGGGCUGCUUUUCUGACCCAAACUGUGUGUCUUGAUGACACAACGGUAAAGUUUGAAAUAUGGGAUACAGCUGGUCAAGAACGAUACCACAGCUUAGCACCAAUGUACUACAGAGGAGCACAAGCAGCCAUAGUUGUAUAUGAUAUCACAAAUGAGGAAUCCUUUGCAAGAGCCAAAAACUGGGUUAAAGAACUUCAGAGGCAAGCAAGUCCCAACAUUGUAAUAGCUUUAUCAGGAAACAAGGCUGAUCUAGCAAAUAAAAGAGCUGUAGAUUUCCAGGAAGCACAGUCCUAUGCAGAUGACAACAGUUUAUUAUUCAUGGAGACAUCAGCUAAAACAUCAAUGAAUGUAAAUGAAAUAUUCAUGGCAAUAGCUAAAAAGCUGCCAAAGAAUGAACCACAGAAUCCAGGAGCAAAUUCUACUAGAGGAAGAGGAGUAGACCUUACUGAACCUACACAACCAACCAGGAGUCAAUGUUGUAGUAACUAAACCUCCAGUUUGAACUAGCUGGAAUAUUCUGCUUCCUAAAUGUUAACAGCGGGAUUGGAGCAUUUAACCGGCCCAGUAUGACUUCCAAAAAGAAGAGACUUACGAUAAAGUCCAGUUUCUAAUACAGAAUUAUUUUAUGUGUUUUGAACUUAAUUUUUAAUAACAUGCAUGUAUCCCUCUAACUAAUGUUACAGCAAUAGAAAGGGAAGAUGAGAACUGUGUGUAUACUUGUUUCAUUGGAAGGUUACGAGGGAAUCAUUUGUCAUCAUUAGAGAUAAAGAUAAAUGACUGGAUCCACAGCUAACCAUCCAGUUUCUCCAAACUGGAGCAGUAGUCAUCUAUGUUAAAGAUUUAGAAAUUAUUAAUUUGGACUUUCGAAAAACAUUUUUAGGAUUCUCCAGAUGUUUAUGCUUAGCUGCAGUAUUCAGGCAAAUGAUAAUUUCUUUUAUCUAAAGUGUACAUUCCACAUUUUAAUAAUAAAUUAACCAUAAGAAUACCGUCCCACAUCUCCAGGAAGAAGAAGGAAAUUAGUGGCAUCAAAAUUAUAGCCAGUCCCGUUAUUUUUUUAAAUGGGGUAAAAAAGCAAAUGUAGCCCCAUCUUGUUUUAAGAGUAUAAAAACAGAUAAAUGCAAUUUAAUAAAUAGUGUUCUCUUCAUGUGAGCUCUUCAACAAAAAUGAAACAAACCAGGUGUCUGUGAUUUAUAUUUAAUCACUGCUGGCCAUUAUAUAGGUCUUGUUUGGGGAUAGGGAAGGGGCUUUUGUUCCCUUUGGAUAUAAAUAUAGUCAGUGCACUAACAAUUAUGUACAUUCAAACUUGAUUACUUUAAAUUUGAUUUCCAUCUGUACUGUAAAUAGGGUACUGCAUUGUCUCCAUAUGUUUAUUAUUUUUCUGUAAUAUUUAAGAAUUGCUUAAAGUAUACAAAAUGUACAGUUACUAAAACAGCUAAUUAUUUCUUCCUCCUUUGAAAGGAAGGGGCUUCAGUUGUUCCUCAUAACUAGAACCAUAAUAAACAAUGUACCUGUAAUUUGUAACAUAAAUAUUGCAUUGUUAGUAACAAUCUUGCAGCCUUGUUUUUCAAAGUCCAUUUUAUUUUAAUCAGUUCAGUAUAUUGCACUAAUUAUUUUAGGUCUUUUCAUUAUAUGAAAUCUACCAUGUGUCAGAGAUGAUUUAAUCUAUUUAAGUGUUGAACUGCUAGCAGAACUUGUACAUUUUACAGUAAUUCAGAAUUAGUAAGGAAAACAGUUCACCAGUGUUUAGUUUUAUAUUGAGGUGCUCAGGUUGGAAUAAAGUGGUAUAAAAAGCAAGUACUGGUUUUUCUCUUUUUUGGCAUAAAAUGGUGAACAUAUGUAAAUUAUAUUAUGUAACCUAAAAUCUACUUUUAUAUUUACUACUUUCUUAAAAUUAUUUACAUGGUAUUGAUGUAUCAUCCUAACAUCUGCUUCAUAAACGAAUUGCUUUGUGGCAUUAUAUUUUGGUUCUCUGGAUAAUUAGAACUUUAUAUUUUAUGGCAGCAAGUGAUAUUCACUUCCACUGAGAAAUAUUACCAUAACUGUAAUGUUGUCUCUGGAUCCAGCCUCUAAAGCAGCAUUUACAAGUUUAUGGCUAAUAUACUCAGCUGCACCUUCAUAGAAAUUUUUAGUGCCUAAUUCUUUUAUACUUGUUUGCUCAUCAUCUACACUUUCAAUUUCAUUCUCAUGACUAGUUGUUGGUGAAGAUAAUUCUUCAUUUUUCGGGUCAUCAAUACUAUAGUCAGACGAGUUUUUUGAAUUUGUGGUUGACACAUAUUCUUCAGAUUUGGAUUCACACUGAAACAAUAUGUGGAUAUCACUUUCAAAUUCAUUAUUACUUUUGUCACUGUUUGGAAGAAGCGGAGGCCCUGUAGAUGGUAGAGCUUCUAACUGUGUGAUUGAGGUGUAUGUUUCUUUAUACAUAUGAAACAUUGUUAUUACCAUUGCAGUGACUUCCUUUUUAUCCAAAACUUCCCAGAGUCCAUUAGUAGCUAAGAUAAGGAAUUGACAUAAGUCAUCCAUAGGAAUAGAAAUAGUUUGAGGUGCUGGGAUAAUGGAUUUUUUCAGUUUGAGAUUUCCAUGAAAUCCAAGUCCUCUUGUGGUUUUUAUUUGCCCUUCUAGGAGCCCAUACGGUUCAUUUGAACUGAUUACUGCUCCAGUCUGAAGUACUCUUCUUCUUUCUUUGAUGUUUCGAGUAGUAUGUUCUUUGGUUAGGCAAAAACCUUUCCCAUUUCUGCAUAAGACUGCUUGUACAUUACCUAAAAGAUAAUUUAAAAAUACAAAAAAUUUUGUCCUACAGAUUUAAUAACCAGUUGUGUCAAAGUAUACUGUUAGCUUUACUAAUUCUGUGAUUUCAAUGCUAAACAGAAAGGCCAUGUAAAAAUAUUUUUUUAUGAUAAGUUAGGUUUCAAACUGAGAAACAAGUUUUACUUUUUAAAAUUCUGGGUUUGGUAUUAAAAUAACUAAAACCACCAAUAAUUAAAAAUAAUUCCUAAAUCAAAGUUUUUUUUUUUAAUGAAACAGCUUCCGAAUAUUAUUUAUUUUAGAGUCAAGUUGAACUUUUUAAUAAUCAACGUAUAUUUCAUGCAACCGGGUUUUAUUUUUAAAAUGUUUAAAUAAAUGCUUCUUUAAUUAAAAACACCUUUGAUUUUUUUUUUUUUUAAGAAUAGAGUCUGACAGUUGUGUAACUGGUUGAAGUUAAAAUCUGAAUGUACAGUGGCAUUCUAACUUUCAUACCACUAUUAAUUUCAGUCUUACUAAGUUCCUUCAAUGUGUGCAAAAAAUAUGUAUCAUUAAUGUAUUAAAUGGAUAACAGGCAGCCACAACAUUGAAAUUAAACCCUUCAUUUGAAAACUGAAA